GUAGGUUUAUGUAUGCGACAAAUUGUGCCGGUUAGUCCUGUGCUAUUCGGAAAUCCGGUACCGGUUUUUAAAGCGGAGGAGGAUUUCUGCACACGGAAGCCGUGACAUGGUUUAGGCAGAAAAUUGUGAAGUCCAUUGAGAGAGGGGCGUCAUUGACUGGCUGGAGGAUAGUAACGAAAUGAAUGAACAGAGGCAGGUCGCUGCAGUGUAAUAUAUUUUGCUAGAGGUGCAGAUGCGGCGGGCCAUGAGUGGAAUACUGAAGAGGAAAUUUGAGGAGGUGGAAGCCUCCUCCUCCCCGUGCUCUUCCUUGCGGGAGUCCGAUGAUGAAGUCUCCUGCAGUGAGAGCGGGGAUAGCAGUGACAGUGUCAACCCCUCCGCCUCAGGCCCUUUCACCCCUGACUCAAUAUUGAAGAGAGAGAAGCGCCUGCGGACAAGGAGGGUGCACUUUGAGAAUGUGACAGUGUACUACUUCAGCCGGCGGCAGGGAUUCACCAGCGUGCCCAGCCAGGGAGGCAGCACGCUGGGCAUGUCCAACAGGCACAGCUGGAUCAGGCAGUACUCCCUGGGUGAAUUUGCCCUGGAGCAGGAGCGGAUCCACAGAGACAUGCUCAGGGAUCACCUGAAGGAGGAGAAACUCAACUCAAUCAAACUCAAGCUGACCAAGAAUGGCACAGUGGAGUCUGAAGAGGCCAACACGCUCACGGCCGAGGACAUCUCUGAUGAUGAUAUCGAUCUGGACAACACAGAGGUAGACGAGUACUUCUUCCUACAGCCUCUUACCACCAAAAAGCGCCGGGCACUGCUGCGCUCCUCUGGGGUAAAGAAGAUUGACGUGGAAGAGAAACACGAACUGCGGGCCAUCCGGAUGUCCAGAGAGGACUGUGGCUGUGAUUGCCGAGUGUUCUGUGACCCGGAAACCUGUGCCUGCAGCAUCGCAGGGAUCAAGUGCCAGGUGGACCGGAUGUCAUUUCCAUGUGGCUGCACAAAAGAGGGCUGCAGCAAUUCAACUGGAAGAGUGGAGUUUAAUCCCAUCCGUGUUCGGACCCAUUUCUUGCACACCAUAAUGAAACUCGAACUGGAGAAGAGUCGUGAGCAGCAGCAGGCGUCGCCCAACAACGGUUACCGUGGUGAAACCAACGACCUGGGAAGCGGAAACCCUCUAGUUCAGUCUCAGCACAGGUUGGAAUACUCUCUGUCAGACGCUGUUCCACAGACGGCCAGCAUGCAUCUGCAGGCCGCGGACGAGAUGGAUGAGCCACUAGAUGACGAAGAGGACGAAGAAGACGAAGACGACGAUGAUGAGGAGGAGGAGGAGGAGGAGAAUGAAGAAGACGAGGAGGACGAGGAGGACAGUAGCAGCGUUUGCAGCGGACUGUCUGACUCCAGCACCCAGAGCUUAGCUAACAGCGACUCUGAGGACGAGGAUGACGAUGAUGAAGAGAAGUCUGAGAACUUUACAGACGAUAUGACAACCCCGUCGGUGUCUCACACUGAGGUUGUCCCCUUGUCUUCUGUGCUGUGUUACAGCGAUGGCUCUGUGGGGCAUGAUAACCACAUGAACGGAAACACUUAUUUAAUGAAUUCUUCUUCGGCUGAGUACUAUCAGCUGGGGAGUUCCAGUGCCGUCUCUAAUGGCCAAACCAGCCAACCCAGUAAACCCUACGGGGAAGCCUUAGCGUUCCAAGAUCCAGUCAGCACGACCAACGGCAGCGCAGCCCAAGGGCCAUUCAACAUGUCUGCCGAGCAGUACACAGACUACUCGAAUCAGGCCGAGGACCAAUACACAGCCAAUCACCAUUUCACUCUGACCAACAGUGCUCCAGCCACCCCCUUGACCUGCUACACACCUGAUCAGGAGAAGAAGGUGUUGUCCAAAGCAGGGUUUGUGGAGCAGUCUGACAACCAGAACCAGACACAGUUUCAAAACUACCUGAACAAUAACAAUCAGGGUUCCUACAGCAGCCACAGCUCGUGUCUGACAGCUGAACAGCCACAGCAAGAGUCCAACGGACACUCUGACCUGACCUUACUAGCAAACAAUACUAAGAACCUUCCUUUACCUGACCAUUGCCCCGAGGUCACAGCCAUUUAGUGGGCCUCACCUUUUGAAGUGUUCUUUCAUUAUUACGUCUUAACUUGACCAAGUGGCAUUUUAAGGGAACAUAAUCAUGGCCUUUUCGCAUUAUCUUACAUUAAAUUUCAAAGCAAUUUACAGCACCGUAGUACAUUCUCAUCUGUAACUAUAAAGCCAUAGGUUCAUGAUGAAAAUGUUUCCAAGGAAUGAUUCACUCUCGGUGGUUUCCUGAAGGCUUUCUCUAUAACAGCGUGCUCCUUCACUGCAAAAUGGAACAGAUCAAAAAACAUAAGUUAUGUUAUGCUGUGCAAUGUAUCUUGUAAUUUCAGAUGUAAAGUUCUAGUUUUAAGCAGAUAUUGUACUGUAGAUGGAACUUUUCUAUGUCUACUGUAUGUGUCAAAUGUGCAAAAAAGGUUUAUUGUCAGUUUAUUUAUUGUUUCUGAAUUACGUGUAUACUUAUAUAUUGUAAAUGUUUUGAUAACAAUACGCAUGCUGUUUUUGGGGAAUCUCAGUAACGUUUAGGGAAAAAAAUGCCAUUGUUUUAUAUAAAAAUGUGUUGUAUACAUAGUGUACAUUCUCUUCUUGUUUUUGUCACUAUUAUAUGCUUUUCUAUGGUUUUGAAAAGCAUGAAAAAGCCUGAAUUCUUAUUUGUAUGUUUGGAAUACAAUAUCAAUAGCAUAAAAUGUCAGAAAUCAAUUCACAGCCUUUUGCACUUAAAGUGUGGGGGCCCAGUGGCAUGCAGUUGGUUUUAACUGAUUUAUACUUGAACGGUGGAAAAAUAUGGCCCCUCACAUAUUCUUUUCUCCACUGUUCAUGUUUAUAAUAAUGUAAUUUGCAGGUGCCACUACAAAUGAAGAUUUAUUCUUAGAAGCGUUUCACAGAUACAGGGAUAUUAAUAAAGUAGCACUUUGACAUAUCUCCAAAAGUAUUAGAAGCUCUAUGAUUCAUCAUAGACAAUAGAUCACUAACUGUAUCAUUAAAUUACUAUAAUAGGCUUCAUUUGAAAGCCAUCAGUAACCAGUCUCCGUAAAAAUGCUGGAGACAAAAUAUUGAUUCAAAAUAAUGUGUCAGCAUUUAAUAAAUUAUCUGGUUGCUGGAUUUCUGUUAUUGAAUGUUGUAUAAGCUAGAUUCCACUGUCUAAUCACUCAGAUGUUUAUUUAUGUGGAUCCAAGAAUGAUGUCAAUUUGUUGUUUAGUGCAAUAGUUUGAGGGUUUUUAAUUCCCUUCUAGAGAAAAUCCUCAGUAAAGUGGACUGAGAUUACUUUCAACUGACUGUCACGGUACUUAAUAUUGUACUUAAAGCAACAUUAGUUUAAUAAAAAUAUGCCACAGUUUUAAUAAUUGUAUAUGGAGGAAACAAAUGUCCAAGGUUGACAAUCAAAGCUUAUUAUUAUCAAACCUGAUUCAUAUCAGUAAUUAAAAGCUACACAAUAUGACUCCUGAGUCCAAUGAGCCAUUGAGAGUGACAUAACAGGAUUCUAUGAUUUUUUUUUACCAAAAGAUCUGUAAAUAACCUUUUAACACACCUUUAUAAAAUCACUGACAAAAAGGAAAUUGGAGUGACCGCUCAACAAUUGGGGAACUGCAAUAAUUUAGUAAAUAGUAUGGGUUGACUAUAAUAGGUUGCUGAAAUUCUUUACCUUGAGCUCUUUGCUCCUGCAUGAGUACAAAUAUCUGCCCAUAUUUUAUAAUCAAAAGCGUCAGCACUGGAGUUCUUUGUGACCGCCGAGUAGCUGGGACCUUUCAUGUCACCUCUGUGGUACAAAAGAAGUGUACAGACAGCUUUUAGGCAAUCAGUGGCAUCAACAUGGCCUAUAGUAGAUAUUUGCUGUGCCAAAGCAUACAGUGGAAGGAGGCUAGAUACAAUGACAUUGCAUCCAGUUAAGAAUCUUGUGUUCGAUUUUAUUUUCCAGUAUUUAUUAUGAAUGAUAUAUUGAAAUGUGUAUUUAUUGUGGUUUACUAAAAGUCUGUAUUGAGUAAAUUGCUUCACUAUCUUAAAAUUGACUUUCGUUUCAUGCUGGUUGUGAGUUGUAAAGCUUCAUGUGCCUGAUUUAUUUUAUUCUCUUUCUUAUUUUGUGAAAUGCAUAUGUUUUGCACAAAAUGGUACAAAUUUUUUCAAUGUGUUUCAUUUUUCCAACUGUAG